GCGGUGGCUGUGUAUUUCACCAAGGGGGAGUGGGCUCUGCUGGACCCCGCUCAGAGAGCCCUCUACAGAGACGUCAUGCAGGAGACCUAUGAGAAUGUGACCUCACUGGGUAAGGAUUCCUGUCCCCAUAGUUAUUACAAGGGGAAAUGAGCAGUUAAUGUUCAUCACCCCUACAAUGCAAUCUCAACUCUGCACACUCGCACUCUGCCCUCCCCUGCUAUAGAACACUGGGAACAGAGCACCGGAGAACUACAGCACAAAAUCUAACAACUUCUCUUUGCUGAGGCAAAACUGAGGUUCAGGUCUGGCUUCCUACCUAUGGCCUUCACUCAAACACUGAUCCUACUCCACACAAACCAGCUCCGACUUGCAAAAUGAUACCUCUCCCUUACCCCCAUUGCCAGCUUUUGUCGACAAAAGAAUGAAUGCGUACAGACUGCGAUGUGACUUUUGGCGGCAAAAACGCCCUGUUUUGGCAAUAAAAUACAACCACCCAGAUGAGAGACAUACAUCUUUUUCCUCUAAAUUUUUGUCGACAAAGUGGCAGUGUAUUUAUUGCUUUAAUUGGCCUCUGGGAGGUGUCCCACAAUGCCCAUCAUGACUGUUCUGGUCAGCAUUUUGAACUCCACUGCCCUGCAGCCAGGUAAAGAACCAUCUGCCCCUCCCACUUAGAAGCCCCGGGAAUUUUUGAAAUUCCAUUUCCUGCUGCUUGGUGUGGAGAGUUCUCAUCGCAUCUCCCCAGGUGACCAGGGCAGGUUAUCGCAACAAACGCUCUCCCGCUUGGACCACUGGGGUUCUGCUCAGUAUAUGGGGAGAGGAGGCUGUGCAGUCCCAGCUGUGCUGGAGCCGUAGGAAUUGGGAUACCUACAGGCACAUUUCUCGAGGCUUGUGUGAAAAGGGUUAUGAUCAGGACACACUGCAGUGCAGAGCGAAGAUAAAGGAGCAGAGGCAGGCGUACCAUAAGGCGAGGGAGGCAACCCGUCACGCUGGUGCUGCACCUAAGACCUGCUGGUUCUAUAAGGAGCUGGGCGCUGUCCUUGGUGGUGACCUCGCCUCCACCACCAAGAGCCCCGUGGAUACUUCGGCGGACGUGGAGGCGGUGGAAAGAGGAUCUAACCCAGAGGAUGAAGUAAUCGAUGAAGAGGUGGAGUCAGAUGAUGAUGUGCAGCUCCCAGCAGGCUCGUCUGGUGGGGCAAGCAGCCAGGAACUGUUCUCCACUCCAGAGGUGUCUAGGCAGGCUCAGCAGUUGCUCUCUGGGGAGCAAGAAGCAGGAGAUAAGAUGCCUGAUGUGGCCUUCAGGAACGCCCCCAAGCACCCUGGCCAAGCAUCUCCGCCAGAUAAGAAAGCGCCCAAGACGGAGCAAAGAAGACAUGUUCCGGGAGGUACUGCACUGCUCCAGUGCAGAGAAAAGGGAAUGCAAGGAGUGCUGGGAAGCUGAAAGGCAGGACAGAAAAGAAGAUCAGGAAUUUAAGGACGCUACUGAACGGAAGAUUAAAAUUGAGAGAGCAGGCACUACGAAUACAUACACAGCCAGUUUAUUCCUAUGCUUGCGGGAACGUACGGCCCAAAUGUUUUCCUGGAAAGCAAUGGAGACUACGUGUAAUGCAACACUGCAGCACCAAUCACAGAGAGAUUCAUUUUCAAAGUGUUGCCUCAAAGCCUCCUUGAUUUGAAUUGCGCCCCUCUGGACUCUUCUGAAAGCCGUGGUAUCCAGCUGCUCAAAAUCAGCAGCCAAGCGAUCUGCCUCAGCACUCCAAGCCUCAGCAAACCUUUUACCCUUAGCGUCACAAAGAUUAUGCAACAUGCAACAUACAACAUGCGGCUAUGACCAUGGGACUAUUAUCUUCAUUAAGGUCUAACCUGUCAUAAAGGCAUCACCAGCGUGCCUUCAGUCUGCCAAGGGCACAUUCAACUGUCAUCCGGCACCACCUCAGCCUGUUGUUGAACUGUUCCUUACUGCUCUUCAGGUUUCCUGUGUAAAGUUUCAUGAGCCACAGCUGUAAGAGGUCUCCCGAGGAUCACCAUCCCCUACUGUAAUAUUUUGGUUUGGAAAUAAAGUCCCUGCUUUGUA